AUGUCAGAUCAAGAUUACGGCCACACAACCCCUGAUGAGCAGCAGGACCUUGAGUCGCUUGAUCCGGAUGGAAACCUCAUUUUAUCCGUUGAAGGCCAGAAUAUUCGACAAUUCCUUGUUUCAUCUAAGAUUCUUAGCUUAGCAUCCCCAGUGCUUGCAAAAUUAUUGGGUCCAAAUUUUCGCGAGGGAAAGCAGAUAACAGAGUCUCACUGCCCUACAUUAUCGCUUCAUGAUGAUGAUCCAGUUUGCAUGAAGAUUAUAUUUGAGAUUCUCCAUUAUCAGGGAAAUGAGGAGGAUCAAUUGAAUGCAAAGAGACUUGCUCUUAUGGCUGUCCAUUGUGACAAGUAUAACCUCAUUAAGGCUCUACGACCGUGGAUCUUCAAGUGGUUCCAUGACUGUCAACCCAUUACUACCGAUGAGGACUAUGGUUAUCUUUUACUUGCUGCACAUCUCUUCCGCGACGAGGUCCAAUUUUCCCAACUAUCUGCAAGUGCUCAGACCCAGCUUUCUCCUGAAUUUUUCAUCAAAUGGCAGAAAAUUGAUAUUUUAAAGCUCUUACCUGAUGCCACUGGGGGCGAUUUAGCGGAUCGCAUUGAGAAACUGCAGCAGGAAAUAGCGUAUGAAUUGCAGUCCAUUGAAGGCUCUUUGAGGGAUAACCGACAGGGCUAUGAAAUGCAGGGACAGGUUUGUGUGCGCUGUGGAAGAACCUACCCAAUUUCAGCGGGAAAGUGUCAUUCCUGCCGCAACAGUCAGCUCUACGUCAAACAUUGCACCACUGCCUACCGCAUAGCAGAAUAUUUUUCGGCUUUAAGGAAAUCUGAGCUCUGGCCUUCUGUACAGCCAUUUCGAAUUUGUUCUGCAGAGACCAUUGCCUUGCGUAUCUCUCGCGCAAAGGCCAACUUGGGACACAAUUGCGCCGCUGGUAAUAUAUGCCCUCUUGAAUUAGAAUUGGAUAUUGUAUUUCUCAUUGCAGGAUAUUUAAUGUUCGUGGUAUCCCCCCCCCUUUAUUUUAAGUAA